GACGCCCGCUACGAACGGAAAGAAAAUUGUACGCAAACGCGAGGAGAACGACUUUGAAAUUACAGAGCUGGCUUAUCGCUAUUGCAUUUUCAUAUUUUAUUUGUUUUUUUAAUUUCAUUGUCGAUAUUUACAAAUUUUCGUUUAUUUUUUUUUUUAAUUUAUCGGUAAAAAAAAAAUUUUAGUAUUUUUAUUUUUAGUGCCACGUUUUUAUUUUUGUGAAGGUGUAAAGUGAAAGGGAAUAGACAUAAAACUUUUUUUGGAGUAGUUUUUUUUAGAGAAAUUUAAAAAAGUAAAAGUAAGAGAAGAGAUUAAGGACAAGGGAACUUUUAAGAUUUUUUUUCUUUUUUCAAAUAUAUAUGAUACAUUCAAUAAAAUUGUGGACCUGAUUUAAUAAAAAAAGUAAAAGCGUUAAAAAAUAAUAAACUUAUUGGAGUUAAUUAUUUUUUAAACAAGGAAAUUAAAAAACGCGGAACAUUAUUUUUGUGAUAAAAAAAAGAAUAAUAAUAAACAAUACGAAUUGUAUAUGUUUGAGACGAAAUGUCAAAGGAGAUACUGAAAGACAAUUGGAUUGAGAGGCGAGAAGUGCAUGGAUAUUUCAAUGAAAAUAAAUCAUUAGAUUGCAAGUAGAUUCAUUAAAACUUACUUAUCGUCAUAUUUAUAUGUUUAGUGAUACAUGAUAGACAUCUGUACAUUUUAAAAUAUAAAAGUGAAUUAAUAACUUGUUGUAUUACAUUACUGUCGUUGCAUGUGUAUGUUGACCGUUGGAUGUCAUCUUGUCAUAACAUUUAAAAAUUAAACUUCAAUGUGCUACUACGCUCUUUGUAAUUAAUACUCGUAUUAAUAAAUAAAUGAAUAAUAUAUAUAUGUAUAUUGGUUAAGUGUGAAAAAAUAAAUAGUUUCUUUUUGCAACGUGACUUGUUUUGUUUAUGUGAAAGUGGCGGCUAAAUAUGUAAUUGUAAUAGUGAUUUGAAUCUAUUAAUGGAUAUUUAUUUUUUCCACUGGAUUCAUUCUGUGGUUUAAAAUUUUAUUUUCAAAUAUUUUUUAAUGAAACAACUCCAAUGUCACGAAUGAGCUACCAAAAUAUUGUAACAAGUUAAAAGCUAUUAACCGUGGAAUAAUCCAGUCAAGAUGUUUUCAUCCAGAAAACAAAAAAAUAAUAGUAGUAAAUUAACUUGUUUAUUAUUUUUAAGUAUUUUGAGUUCAAAUGUAUUAUCAGCACCUACAAGUGAACUCAAAAAAUCGCCAUCAGCAUCAUCAUCAAAAAAGAUUAAAAGUUUAGAUGACCCUCAACAUCCAAGUGAGUUAGCUUGGGGAGCACUAUUACUAGUCGAUAGCUCUAUAUUAGAUUCACCAAGUCCACCACGUCGUAUAACUCCAAAAAGCAUUUUUAUAGCGCCGCCAUUGCAAACUUGCGCUGAAGGUUAUCAACCGGACAGUAUGAAUCGUUGUGUAAAAGAUGUCAAUAUUAACCAAGAAGCAUAUUUUGACUUUCUUCUUCAGCGAUUAAAUGCAAUGUACGGUAAUUUAGGUAACCCUCAACAAUCUGAUUCAUCUUCUUCUUCAUCAUCAUCUUCGUCUAAUGGAUCUCUAGAACCUUUCCAAUUAAACAUUCCAAUUAUAAUAAAUUCAAACAAAGAAUCAUCAAAUUUAGAUAAUACAUCUGAAAAAGCUCCCGUAUCAACAUUUGAUGAUAAACGACCAGAAAAUGAAACAAAGAAACAAGAAACAAUAAUAACAGUUUAUGAAAUCGAAGAACCAGAUAACAAUAAUAGUAAUAACAAAACAAAACCUCAUAAUGAUGAUAAAUCUCCAGAAAAUGAUCAACUGAUUCCUGUUGUAGAAAUCAUUGAAACAAAUUCAAAUGGUUCUGAAAUAAUUGAUUAUACAAUUCCUAUUCAGUUGUACAAUGUAACAAAUAAUACAGAUUCGAAAAAUAGUACAGUUAUUUCCAACAAAGAAGAAAAUCCAUUAAAUGAAUCAUCAUCAACUCUAGUACUUAUUUUAUCUCCAACAAAAUUACUAUCAAACAUAACGGAAGAUUCAAACAAAAUAAAAAAUCAAAGCCUUGACAAAGACAUCGUGAAUGUACGAAAUACUUCAAUGGAUGAAGAAAUAAAUGUAAGCCUACCUGAAUACACAGUAACGACUACUUUAAGUCCUAUUAAAAUUUUUCUUAACUCAUCAACAUCAACACCGUCGUCAUCAUCAUCAUCAUUACCAUCAGUAUCAACAAACACUAAUACGGAUUACGAAGAUACAUCUCAAGUGACAGACGAAGAUCGUGAUGUUAUUUAUAAUGAUAAUGAUAAUAAUAAAGAGGCCAUAGAUUAUAAUACAGCUGAGGACCUUGAAGAGCAUGAUCUUGAAGACCACACGGAAGACUUAGAAGACUUUACGGAAAGUGAUGAUGAAAUAUUAAAGCAUAGUGAGGCUGGUAUGGCUGUAACGUUACCUUCACGAUUUUACACUACGUCUUCACUUACUACACUUGAUGAUCAAAAUAACAACGAUGAUAAUGAAAAAAUAUCAAGUGAGGUUCACGUUAAUCGUGAUUUCAUUCGUGAGACUACUUUGGUAGGUCUUAAUUACGAUAAAAAUAAUAGUUCAACUAUAGUUGAUAAAGAAAUUCAAUCUACAACGCCAUUAGAUGAUGAAUACGAUGAUAAUAAUGAAGACAUUACGGAAGUAACGACAAUUACGGAAGAAAUUCCGGAGUUUGAAACACAAUCUUCGGUUUCACUUGUUGACAAAACUUUUGAUCCAUUGGAUAACAUUAACCCGGUAAUAACAAUUGAGGAAGCUUCACUUACAGGGUUUAUUGACAGGAAGACAACAACAACACCUGAAACUACAACAUUUAAGCCAACAACAAUGAAAUCAACAACACCAUUUAUUGUUUAUCCAAGUCAAACUGUUAAAAAUAUAAUUUCUCAAACAGUUAAACCGAUUUAUCAACCAGAUAAUACAGAAAUAAUGGCCGCAUCUUCAUCAAAUACAGCAGAAACAGUUGUACAUGAAGUGGAACCACAAAAACCAAUUGUUGUAAAACCUACAGUCGAUAAAACACAUAAAGAAAUAUUCAUAAACGGUCCAAUUACAGAACCAAAAGAAAUUGAAACAGUCUCACAAAAUAAACAAACAUUUGAUUAUGAUCCGGCCCCACAAGUUUCAAAUUUCGGUAGUCACAAUUCAGAAGAUAAUCCUAUUAUCAAAACGAUAGACGACCAACGAAUAGAACUGAACAAAAAUCCAGUUAACUUCUUUCCCAAUAAUAAUUUUCAAUCCUCUUACAAUCCUCCAAGAGAUUACAUAAGAUUUCCGUCGUAUGAUCAGUCACCAAAUCGUCCGAAUUACGUGAGAUUCCCGUCUGAAGAAGCUAAUAGUAUUCACACUGAUGAUUCGAAGGAUCGUUAUCAUAGUCAUUAUCCACCCGGGCAAAAUAAUCGAAUUACGACAGCUAAAGUUGGAGGAUUCAAACGUCCUUUAUGGCCGAUUCCACCAACAUGGCGUCUAGAUCGUCAACAUUUACGAGAAAAAUCAGACUCUCAUGAUGAUGAUCAAAAACAAAGUGAAAGUACUCCAAUGCUAAUGAGAUUUUGGAAACGAAUGCCAUUAAUUUUAGAUCCCAGUUUAAUAAAUGAUUCUUCUCAUCCAACAUUUCCACAAACUUCGAGUCAAUCUGAGACUAACGAACGGACAGGAAGAUCAUAUUCUUCACGUAGAAUUAAUUAUUAUCAAGAAAUGUCACCGCAAGAUGUAACACAAUCUUUCGCACGUAUUCAACGUUAAAUCAAACUCGUGUUACAAGGAAGAGUUCUUGACUAGUUUCUCUUCUUCUUUUAAUCGUAUUUUUUUUUUUCUUGUAAACUUCCUUGAUGAAAGAACAUCACCAUGGAUAAGCAAAGAGGAUGAAAUCCCUCCGACUCUCUUCAUUAUCAUCAUUGAUAAUUAUCGACUUAUCGAUUACGAGAAGUGAGCUUGGAUUUACGUGGGCUUAUAAAUACCCAUUAUGCUGGUUCAAAUACAUAUAUUUAUUAUAAUUAUUAUAAUUAUAUUACGUUUGUCCAGCACGCACAUAUUUCAAGACUGAUAGCACUAUUAUAGAGAAAAAGAAAAAAAAAAAAAACAAAAUAAAUAAAUAAAUGAAUAAAAGUAAGUGAGUCCUGAAUAAAGCGAGUUGGAUAGACGGUGCUUUUUUUGCUUAUUAAUUCGAUUCAAUAUUUCUAUUUAAAAUUAUUAUUUUAAUUCUAUGUCCUGAAAUUGCCAUUUGAUGUAUUAAUGGUUUAUAUUAAUCAACUACGAUAACAACUAAUUAAAUGUCAUUAAAAAUACUUGCGCUAAAAAAAAAUUAUGUAUGCAAAUCUAUAAAUUAACUCGAAAUAUAAUAAUAACAAUUAAUAUAUUAAAUAUAUACUAUCUAUAAAAAAAAUAUUUAAAUGUGUAUUUAAAAAAAAUAAUAAAAAAUAUAUAUAUAGAUUUAUGUGUGAAUGAAUUUGACAUUGUGGCCAGUAAUUGUUACUGCCUUAAUUAAUAUUAUUAUUUUAAUAUACCGAUCGCACCGUCUUGAAAACAUUAUAUCAAAGCCCACUCUUUCCUAUAUUUGUAUCUCAGUAUGUCGCCAUACAUAUCUAAUUAAUUAUUAUUAUAUUUAAUAUAUAUAUAAAUGUCAAUUUGUGUAAAUAAUUUCUUUAUUCGUUGUCGUAAUAAAUAAAAAAAAAAUUGUAUAUAUCACGUAUUAUUAAUAUUAAAAUUUUAAAAAUUAAUAAUAAAACGAUUAUAGUAAUAAGGAAUGAAAUUAUUAGAGUGUUAAGUAGAAUUGUAUUAAAUCGUAAUAUUGUAUUAUUAUUAUUAUUAUUAUUAUUAUUAUUAUUAAUAUUAUUUUAU